AUGGAAUCUCUGAUCAAUGUUCCAAAAGAGGUAUUACUCGAAACGCCUCGCACUCAAUCCAAUCACAAGAGGCCAUCCCCAGAUACCACGCCUCCAGGAUUCAGUGUGAUACGACUUGAAGGCCUAGAAAGGUGGACUUCAGAUAAGAAGACGGAAGUUCUGCAAUCGAUUUCGGAUGAUAUUCGUGCGACGUUCAUGUGUAUUACAAACCAUAUACGUGUCGGCACUUUAUCACCAGCACACACCAAACCUCUUGAGGAGGUGAUUGACAUCAUCCGGGACUCGAACAUGAAUCAUCGGCGUAAACUAGAACGAAGAAUCAAAAGAUUACGGAAGCAAAACCAGUGGAUUCAGAAGGAAUACCGGAGAGUCGUUCAGACUGCUGAUACUGUGGCGCGGACAUACAAUGGGCGCGUACAGAAAUUGAAACAGCGAACAUUGUCUCUGCAAGAGCAAUUGACACGUUUGACUUCGAAGGAGUUAUAA